AUGUUCUCGAACUAUCGUGAAAUAUUCCAGCGAACUUGCGCUUUUCUUGGACUUUUUAACAAUUCCAUUCUAGCUCUGUUGAUUUUGUAUAAAUCCCCAAAAAAGUUGGGUAACUACAAGUAUUUGAUGAUGUAUAUUUCGAUUUUCGAGAUCAUAUACUCUCUGCUUGAUUUUUCCACGGUCCCUGAAAUAUUCAGUAAAGACUCAGCGUUUUUGAUCACUAUUGAGAAACGGUUGGCAGUUUUGCCGGACAUUGCGCUGCAAUUUGCGUUAAGUGAGUUUCCUGUGAAAUGUCGGUUGCUGAAAUUUGAAAUUUCAGUUGUUUUCUGCAGUCUUUUUGGGAUGUCCAUGGCGAUUUUCGCUAUCCAUUUUGUUUAUCGAUAUCUUGUUAUGACUGGAAGUCACUUCAUCAAAACCCGUCAUCUUCUAAAAGUUAUCAGUCUAAUUGGAUUCACACUUUGCAUCGGGGUCGUCUGGAGUUUCUUGUGCAUUUUAUUCCACCCAAUUCCGCAAGCCGACCUGAUUCUUACCCAAGAAUAUUUAAAGCCAAGGAACCUACAACUCGCCGAAAUCGACUACUUGGGCCCAUGCUUUCAAGUUCAGGACGAGAAAGGAGUUUACCAUCUUAAUUGGGACGCGGCUGGACCAAUUGGAAUAAUGACUGUGCUUAUUGGUCUAAGCUUCAUCACAGUAUUCUACUGUGGCUACUCUAUCUACAGAAACAUCAAGUCCAUGGCCGCUAUGAGAUCGUCGGUCGACCAUUCUCUCCAAUCUCAAUUAUUCUAUGCUCUAGUCUUUCAAACUCUCAUCCCAGUGAUCCUGAUGCACAUUCCAGCAAGUUUGGGAUUCCUCUUCUCCAUGUUUGGCCAGUCAAUAUUGUUCUUCGGCGAGCUCCCGACUUUUUCAGUAUUUCUGUACCCAAUCUUGGACCCGCUCCCCAAUUUUUUCAUUAUUCGUAGUUAUCGUCAGGCUAUCUUGGAUUUCUUUGGAUGCUUUUUAAGAAAACCGUCUCCAAAUUCCAGCAACAAUCAAAGCAACCCAAAUCAAAUGGAACUUCGGAAUCAUGUGGUUGCUUCAAACUAA